UGCCUGGGGACUUAUUACCAGCCGCRUUUCAGUUCGUCAUCUUCGACCCGAGGGAUGGCCCCGCUAUUCUCCUUGAUCCUUGUCAUGUGCGCUGGACCUGGCCUCUUAGAGGCAUCCAGAGUGCGGCUGGUGGGGGGUCCCCACCGCUGCGAAGGGAGAGUGGAGGUGGAAUGGAACGGCCAGUGGGGCACCGUGUGUGACGACGGCUGGGACCUGAAGGAUGUGGCCGUGCUGUGCAGGGAGCUGGGCUGUGGAGCAGCCAAGAAAACCCCCAGUGGCCGCUUAUAUGGGCCAUACGCAGAUAAAGGGCAGGAAGUCCUCAUCCAAGGGGUCAGGUGCAGCGGAAUGGAAGACACCCUGGCUCAGUGUGAGCAGGACGAAGAUGUCUACGGCUGCUCACACGACGAGGAUGCCGGCGCAAUUUGCCAGAACCCAGAUUUGUCUCCAGUCCCAGAAAGUGUGCGGCUGGUCGGUGGCCCUGGGCCUUGCAAGGGGCGAGUGGAGGUGCAGUAUGAGGGCCAGUGGAGCACCGUGUGCAAAACGGGCUGGGACCUCCGGGCUGCGAAGGUGGUGUGCSGGCAACUGGGGUGCGGCAGGGCCCUGCAGACCCACAGCCACUGUAACAAGGCUGCCCAGGGCCAAGGACCCAUCUGGGAGAGGGAGAUGUUCUGCUCGGGAAGAGAAGCAGCCCUUCAGGAUUGCCCCUCUGGGCCUUGGGAGAAGCACAACUGCACGCACGACGAGGACGCGUGGGUGGAAUGUGAAGAUGCCUUUGACCUGAGGCUGGUAGGAAGAGAUAAUCAGUGCUCCGGGAGACUGGAAGUGCUGCACAAGGGCGUGUGGGGCUCUGUCUGUGACGACGGCUGGGGAGGAAAGGAGGACCGAGUGGUGUGCAAGCAGCUGGGCUGUGGGGAACCCCUCUCUCUACCCUUCAAAGCCAGGAAAACCUACGGCCCUGGGGUUGGCCGCAUCUGGCUGGAUGACGUGCGUUGCUCGGGGCAGGAGCAGUCCCUGGAGCAGUGCAAGCACAGGUUUUGGGGGUAUCAUGACUGUACCCAUAAAGAAGAUGUGGCUGUGAUCUGCUCAGGACAGUAUCCCGGCCUUGAUGCUUGACCUGGCUCCCACUGGCCCCAGGUGCCCCUGCUUGUCCCCCUGGCCCCUGAUUAUCCUGGUGGUCACACUGGUCCUCAGUCUCUCGGGAGUCUGAGUGCUGCGGAGACGCCUUGUUCUCGGGGUCAAGCACGCCCGCCCCGCACCUGUUCUGAGAUAUAGCUGUUGAUUUCCCUGCUGGGAAAGAUGACCUUCUCUUGGCAUUGCUUCUGACCUUGCCUGCCCCUUCCUCACCUGCCUGGAAUCCUCAGGCCGGCCGCUCUGACCAAAAGCACAGGCCUUACGAAGGCAAGAUCUUCAUCUGCUCAUGACAGGAACGAAAAAGACAGAGGGAACAUUUUAAAGGAAGCGUGUGGAGAAAAAUCUUUGGAACUGGGGUGGGGGACGAGACAGAGGCUUUUUGAAAUCUUCUUCUCAAGCUUCAGCUGAUCAUAACAGUAAGCCCACACUUCUCUGCCCGUUCUCGAAGAGGGUAGUUUGCCAUUUCAAGAGGGUGGCACAGCAGCGAUCUGUAGUCCUGAACCUUUUCAUAACGUCAGAAAAAGAUAUUUCACCUUCUGACGGUUCCCAUGAAAUACUUCUGUCAUCUAUCCCAGGACAACCUGCCAACACAGUUGACAUUUAACCAAGGGAAUCUCAGAAAUGCAUCCAAAGAAAACUGUGAUUGGUUCCUGGGAAAAGGUCAGGAGAGAGGUGGACAGAAGUUGGGGAGAGCUACAGUUGUGUCUCAUGCCAAUCAGAAAGUACCAUUUUCAUCUUAUUAAUGGAGACCUGUAAACCUAAGGUACAGAAUGACACUAAGGAGACAAUCAAGGUUUAACUGUAAAAAUCAGCAACUCUAGACUC